GAGGCCAGCAGCCAUGGGAGCCUCAAUGGUGAAAGCGGGCCUGGCCGACGAGCCAAUGGGCAUGACGGACCGCGAGAAGAAGCUGGUGCGCAGCAGCUGGCAGCGGUUCUGUGACGUGAACCACAACUACGGAAUGCUACUCUUCAUGGGCAUGUUCACAAAGCACCCCGACUAUCUGAAGCUGUUCAAGCAAUUUAGGGGCCGUGACCUGCGCUCGCUGCACAUCGACCACAAGUUCCGGGCUCACGCGAGCGCUGUAGGCCACCAGCUGUCUGCGAUGAUCGAGUGCCUGGACGACCCCGAGGUACUGAUCGUGCUGAUCCAGAAGAAUGCGCUGAGCCAUACGACGAGGAAUGUGAAGCCGGCGAACUUCGAGGGUCUUUUUGAGGCCGUCAUUGAGGAGAUGACCGCGAGCGAGAAGUCGCUCAUGAAAACGGCUACCGUCACUGCCUGGGAGAAGCUCUUCGAGACGGUGAACCUCAUAACAAGAUGCGUCUACGACGAGGUUGCCGCCUCUUCAGGGGCCGCCGUGUCAAGCGACCUCCGUCAGAACGAGACGCCUUCCAGCGCGAAGCCCAAGAAGCGCAUUUCUAUCGCAACUGCGGGACCGCGUCCGCUGGCCAUUAGUAGCCCUAUCUAUGACCCGGACGAGAAUCCACCCGAAGCCCCCAAGGAGACCCCGACCAAAAACGACGCCGCGAGAAAAGACUCGAAGGCCCACCGCCGAAAAUCGUCUUCCCACAUUAAGCGGAAAUAGUACCUUCUCGUCGCGA